AUGGCUAAACAGUUGGUGACCUUGGAGUCACAUAGAAAUUUCAGACUCCGGCUUGUACUCGCGACUCUUGCCCAUGUUCCAGUGAAAAUUCAAAAGAUUCGGGCUGAUGAUGUCAACCCUGGUCUUCGUGAUUAUGAAAUAUCGUUUCUUAGACUUUUAGAAUCCCUCACUAAUGGUUCUACCAUCGAAAUAUCUUACACCGGUACCACCGUCAUAUAUAAACCAGGGCUUCUUAUUGGUGGACAAUUGACUUUCAAUUGUAACCCAUCGAGAGCUAUCGGCUACUACAUUGAGUAUAUUCUUCUUCUUGCACCUUUUGCUAAGAACAAGUUCUCCAUCGUGUUCAAAGGUAUUGAUUCCGAUUCACACGAAACUAUUGGUCUUGAAGGGGUUAAAUGGGGGCUAUUGCCAAUCAUGGAGAAGUUUGGGGUACGAGAUGUGGAGCUCCGGAUUCUUAAACGUGGAGCUCCACCAGGCGGUGGAGCCGAAGCUCAUCUUAUGGUUAACCAAUUACUCGCAGCUCCAUUAACGAUUCAUGCCCUUGAAUUACCAAAGAUUGCUGCCCUUAGAGGGGUGGCUUACCUGACCCGUGUCAGCCCUAGCAUUGUGAAUAGAAUUGUUGAAGCGGCAAGACAGGUGUUCAGUGAAACUGGGUGCAGAACCGAUAUUGUCGCCGACGCUUGGAGAGGGGAAGUCAGUGGUUCGUCUCCUGGUUGGGGGGUCACUUUGGUGGCGGAAUCCAAAAAGGGCUGGAGGUUUUUCGUUGAGGAAGUCGGGUCUGCGGGGGAGACCCCAGAAGAUAUUGGUACUAAGGCUGCUUAUGAGUUAUUGGAAGAAGCAUCCAUGAGUGGAGUGGUAUGCCGUAGUCAGUUGCCUUUAGCUUUGGGAUAUAUGGUGAUUGGUAAAGAACAUAUUGGAAGAAUGAUAAUCAAUAAGCAACAAGUUGAUCCAAACUUUAUCCACUUAUUAAGGGAUGUGAAAAAUCUCGUGGGGGUUGAGGCCCACAUCAAACCUUGUGACGAUUAUCUUGACGAGCAGGAUGUUGAUGACUACUUGGUGCUUAUGGUGAAGGGUGUUGGUUUCACUAAUGCUAAUAAGAAAAUUGCUUGA